AUUCCUCACCUGCUCUUUGCCCUGUCUUGCUGUGGUGAUUUGUUGGCGAGCUGCGGUCUUUCUCAUCUGUCUGUCGUGAUCCCCGUUCCUAUUCACCUACAAUGGCUGCCAUCGACGCCCUCGUGUCCACCGCUGCACAACGACACCACCAGCUCAUCAAGCGAAGCAAUUGGGCCAGUAGAAACCCCGGCGUGAUUCUGGUCUUCUGCAUCGUCUUCAUUGUUGCCGUCGGAAUCAUCGCCUUGUUAAUCUACCGCCGAUGGAUGAAACGGAAAGCAGAGAAGCAAUCCUACGAUGUCGCGUGAAGCGUCCUUGUUCCGACCGCGGCGUCACCGAUGGUUUAGGCAAUGGGGGGGGGACGUGACUACUUCUCUACCGAGGCCGUUCUUCUAUUUUAUGAAUUCUCUAAUUUCUAUUACUGCUGCUGAGUUAUCCACCAAGGAUACCCGUCUUGUUAUGUCGGGUGGUCAGUGAGGG